AUGGCAGAAGCUCCUGUGGAUGCCUCAACAUCGGCUGUAACAACAAAGAAAAAGAAAAGUCUAUCGAUUGAGGAAAAGAUUGACAUUAUAAAUGCUGUAGAAAGUGGCAAGAAAAAAGCAGAGAUUGCAGCUGAAUAUGGAAUAAAGAAAAAUUCAUUGUCUUCUAUUAUGAAGAAUAAAGACAAAGUUCUAGAAGCUUUUGAAUCUCUGAGAUUUGAUCCAAAGAGAAAAAGACUGAGAACUGCUUUUUACACAGAUCUGGAAGAAGCAUUGAUGAGAUGGUACCGAAUUGCUCAAUGUCUGAAUGUACCAGUUAAUGGUCCAAUGUUGCGUCUGAAAGCUAAUGAUUUUGCCCAGAAGCUGGGACACAGUGAUUUUAAGUGCAGCAAUGGUUGGCUGGAUCGCUUUAAAGCCAGGUAUGGUUUAGUAUUCAGAGCCCAAGCUGCAGAAAGUACAGCUACAUCUGUAGACCCUGCAACAGUCUGGUGUCAGAAUAUACUUCCUUAUUAUUUAAAUGAUUAUCAUCCUAAAAAUAUUUUUAAUAUAAAAGAGACUGGGUUGCUUUAUCGAAUGUUACCUACAAAUACAUUUGCAUUUAAAGGAGAAACAUGCUCAGUUGGAAAAUUAUGCAAAGACAGAAUAACUCUGGUGGUUGGGACAAACAUGGAUGGCUCAGAGAAACUUCCUUUGCUUAUCAUUGGGAAAAACAGAAAUCCACAUUGUUUCAAAGGUAUAAAAUCAUUGCCUGUGUAUUAUGAAGCUAACAGAAUGGCAUGGAUGACUGCAGAAGUAUUUGAACAAUGGAUGCGGAAGCUUGAUGAGAAAUUUCAAGCCCAACAACGAAGAGUGGUGAUUUUUGUCGAUUCUUUUCCUGCACAUCCAGAGGUAAAGAACCUAAAAUCCAUUGAGUUAGCAUUCUUUCCAUCAUGUUUAUCUUCCAAAUUUACAGCUAUGAAACAAGGUGUUAUUAAAAGUCUUAAGAUCAAAUAUCGGCAUUGUCUUAUCAAGAAAUUUUUAAGCUCUGUUGAAAGCAGCAAAGAAUUUAUGUUUUCCCUAUUAGAUGCAAUUGAUACAUUGCAUCUCUGUUGGAGAACUGUAACCCCAGAGACUAUUAUUAAGAGUUAUGAAGAGGCAGGAUUCAAAUCGCAAAAAGGAGAAGAUGACACAGCAACUGUGGAGGCAGACGCCAGUCUUGAUUUGGUUGCACACGCUCUGGCGGCAGGAGUGGAGUUUCCUGAAGGUUUGUCUAUAGAAGAGUAUGCUGCCGUGGAUGAUGAUCUGGAGACUUGUGAAGCAGCAUCAGAUGAUGAUGUAGUAGGGACCAAAGAAAGUAAAUCAGAUGAGACCGGAUUUUAUACUUCUGAUGAAGAGGAUGACAGUGGAGCUCCAGAAACUGAACUCCCAUUGCCAUCAAAAAAUGAGGCAGUUACUGCUUUAGAUACCCUUAAAAAAUUUCUUAGAAGUCAAGAUAUGAAUGAUAUGCUUCAUAAUUCUUUAGCAGACAUUGAAAAUUUUAUUAAUUCUCUAUCAUCUAAAUAAUUAUGUAGUGUAAUACAUCUGAAGAAUAUUAGAUCUUCCUGAUGUGUUUUAUUCUAUAAGGUAUG